AUGACUGGGUUUAGGCUACUCGUACUCUGUGUUGUGAUCGUGACGGUCAGUGGCCAAGCGCCACCGGCGUCGAAGCAGUUCUGCCUGGAGCUGCUGCGCAGCGAUGAGCCGCACAAGACCUCGGAAGCGCUGCUGGCGUGCGUGCGCGAGGUCAAGGCCGCGCAGCGGGACGGCCGCAAGUUCGAGCUCUCGUCCGCCGUCUACGACAGCAUCGGCCAGUGUAUCGCCAAGCGCAUUGGCGUGCUCGACGGCUUCGGACGCGUCAACAAGGAAGAGCUCGCGCGGCGGAUAAGGGCGAGCAAGGAGAUCACCGAGCAGCAGCGCCAGUUCUACCUGAGCGUGGUGCCCAACUGCGACGGCUGGAACAGUUGUCUGAAGAAGCACUGCCGCUUGUGAGCGUGAGGAACGGGGCGGCGGGUCAGCGUGAGGACGGCGUGGCGGCGGGUCAGCGUGAGGAACGGGGCGGCGGGUCAGCGUGAGGAACGGGGCGGUCGGCGCACUACGGCAUGCGCGAAGGCGCGCGUGCCGGGAUGCAGCCAGCUGCCGGUUGAGACGGGCCCAGACGUCCUCGAUCGACGGAGAUUUGUAGGCGUGCUACGCAGGCAGAUGAUCUUCACCUUACCGGCCCCAGCCAUGAAAAUCGCUGCCCUCGUAUGUCCAGAAUCUCCAAUAAAGCGGCCGCCCGCAGCAAAGGACCUCCGGAACGCAAAUGCUUCUACUCCCAAUGCUUUUUUCAGUCAGUUAUUGUAGUGGCCCAACGUGUUACGUGUGUUGUCGCGAUAAAGUCCGGAUGUGUGCUAUGAUGACGUCAGACGAUUCAGACUCGGGCUACUCGUGCACUAGGUGCGCGGAACAUUUACGCCUAUCACAAGCAUAGAGAGACACGGGCAGAAGGUCAGCGUCUAUGGUGUAAGCUUCAGAAUAGUGCUGUGUGAAAAUGGCGGUGCAAUGACCAAUAAACCAUGUGAAA